UACGCUUUUCUUCAUGGACAUAGGUCUAUUUCCAGGAAAUGGGUUUUUUCCCCCAAAACUGCGGUUUGCUAAGUUUUAGUUUGUACCGAAACUUGAUUAUGCCCACGUGGAAUGCAUUGCUUGUAAUUGUACACCUAUAGGUAAGGUAUGGCUGUGUCCCUGGAGGAUUUCGGCAUUGCUCUGGACCUGAAUGAUGUCGACACCUUACUUCAGGCCAUCAAUGAAGGCAGCGACAGAUUUCUGGAGCAGUUGUUUGACUCAGACAGAAAGUAUUUCCACGAACUCUGCGAGCUGGGCCAUGCCAACGUGGUGGAGAUGAUCCUCACUCGCAGGAGUGUAGACUUGGAAGAGGAAUGGCAACAGAAAACUCCUCUACAACUAGCAGCAGCCAAUGGGCAUGCAGAUCUUGUGUCUCUGCUGCUCUGUCGUGGCUCGGAACUAUCCGAUGAUAUUGGCGCUGACGAUUCGCCGUUCUACUUAGCGACACAGAAGGGACACGUGCAGGUUUUGAGGAAGUUGACAGACCACAGACCGUCAGUAUUAAAACAGUCUGAUGCUCAUAGUCAUCUUCUGCUGGCCGCGUGUGACAGUGGUAGCCUGGAGACGGUCAAGUUCUGGAUCUGGCCGCACGUGAACCUGAAUAACCCUCCAGAGAUUGUGUCAUCACUGGAUAAGUGUGAGGAAAUGGUGCCACUGUGGGUUGCGUGUCGAGGAAAUCAUCUGGAAGUGGCGAAGUUUCUUCUUUCUGUGGGAGCUGUGAUAACAAAGCAUAUCUGCAGGUCGUACCCAGAAACUACUCAAAAACUUGUUGAAGAUUACUUCCACACCAGCCGUAAAAAUAAGUAUUACUUCAUUAUGACCAACAUGCAGCUAGAGGCUCUUCUCCCAUGCUGGUUUUCCAAUCACUUGGUAACUUUGACAAAAAUGGACCUGUCCAACAAUGAACUGAUGUCACUUCCUUCCUGCAUACCGUGGAGCAUGCCCAGGCUUACCUCCCUUGAUGUCAGCAACAACAAACUAAACAGUCUUCUUGGGCCAGAUUCAAAUGAACAAAAAUACAUUUUAUCAAUUUUAAGCCUGAAGAGUGUAAAUCUUUCUCAUAAUCGGUUGGAGAGCAUGUGUGUAGAACUGUUUCGACUCCCGACUCUAAAGAAACUGAAUGUGUCAAACAACAACUUGUCGUACCUGAUGAAAAUAACCACGUCGCGGCAGGACAGGCAGUCCAGUUCAAGUCAUAAUAGUUACUUUGAUGGCUUUGAAAACGACUGGCUGCCCAGUCUUAUACGACUCGACAUUUCCAACAAUAAGCUGAAGAUGCUUCCGUCGGAAAUACGAAACUGUGGCUCGCUUCAACAUCUCAUCGUCAACAACAACGAACUCUGUGCCUUCCCGUCCCCGUGGCCGUGCAGGCUGCAACAUCUGGAUAUUUCAAACAACUGUCUGGAAACUCAAAGGUUUCUUGUAAGUGCUGAGGAGUUUUGGAGUGACUCGCUGAAAAUCCUGAGAAUUGAUCACAAUGAACUGGACGAGAUCUCUGAAAGUAUUGUCAAACUGUCCGAACUCAAAGAGCUGCAUGCCUCACACAAUAAAAUUGAACGCUUGCCGGAAGUUGAAUCCUGGGACUGUCGACGUUUGAUCAUCCUGGAUCUCGGAGACAACAAACUCGGCGUUCCCUUGUCAAACGAACAGGUUCAACGCAUUACCCGUCGAGCUCCGAAGACCCUGGCAAACAUGCUGCCCUGGAAGUCGAACGCCCAGGAGAAAAGAAAAGCACUGGACCUGCCCCGUUUCCUUGGUGACUGCCUGCAGUACCUGAGUCUGGCUAACAAUAAUCUCAGCAGCAUUCCUGACAGCGUGAACCACCUCUUCAACAUCAUCCAGCUCAACGUCAUUGGCAAUCCCCUGAUCAAAGCGCUUCCGGAACAGAUGGGAUUACUGAAGAAGUGUGUCAUUCUAGAACUUGAUGGAACAGGGAUUCCAGCAGACUUCAUCAAAGACCAGAAGCCAGCUGACUUGAUUCGAGAGCUCAAGUUGGCAUGGCGACAGAGUAGGAGUUGCAAUAAGAUCAAGCUCAUUGUGCUAGGUCCAAAGGAAAAAGGAAAAACAUCACUGAUCCGUCUUCUAAAAGGUGAACGCUUGGAAAUUAACAGCCAGAAUAAUGAUAUUAGUGUACACCAGUGGAAGUACAGUCCAAGCAAACUUACAAAGAAGAAUCCAGAAGUGACGUUUAACAUUUGGGAGAUUCCUGGUGACAAGACCGUCAUGCAGAGUUGCUUCAUGACCCCCAACGCCCUCUACGCCCUCGUCUUCGAUCUGCGCACUGGAAAGAAAGGAGUUCAACAGCUGAGCGAGUGGCUCGGUGUUAUACAGAACACAGUCCCGGGCUCUUACGUCCUUCUGAUUGGAACGUUCAUGGACAAGCUGAAUGUGGAUGAGCGCGAGUUGAAGCUGCGUGAGAUCAACGCGGAGAUCACCAAGCAGUACAUCUACACGCAGGAGGAUGGUGAGUGUCCCGUCAUCCUCUGCUUCCACAGCCUGUCCUGCACCAGCACCGACGGCAUUUCCGAGCUGCGCAGACUCAUCUACGACAAGGCGAGAACCAUCCGUGACCUCUUCUACCACAAGCAGUUCAUCAUCACCAGGAAGAUGCCCCGGAGCUACGUGCUCGUGGAGGAGAGCCUGGAGAGGAGGCUGAAGGAGCUGGAGUCCAAGCAGCUGGCACCGGUUCUACAGGAGAAGGACCUGCAGGAGAUCUUUGAUUCCAUUCCCAGUGACGACAUCCGCCUACUCGACGAUCAGGAUAAAGCGAUCCAGUACCUGGUGGAGAUUGGCAAGAUGCUGCACUUCAACGACCAGAUGGAGGGUCUCAACAGCAUCUACUUCCUGAAGCCCGUCUACCUCCAGGAGAUGCUCAACCUUGUGCUUGCAGACAGGGAAGACAUGCCGCAGAAUGCAGAAAUAGCAUUCUCUCAAAUACAACAAUGUUUCGACCAGCAGAACUUCCCCAUGCAGUUCUUUCUGCAGUACAUCCAGAUUCUGAAAAAAUUCGAGAUUGCUCUGGAUAUGGAUGAAGGAAAAAUGUUAAUGGUUCCGUCGAAGCUUCCAAAACAGAGGCCGGUGUGUCAUGCGGACAACCACGCGAGAAGUAGCCAGAUCUGUCGACUGUACCGGCUCCCAUACAUCCCGUCUGGGCUGUGGACGAAGCUCAUCAUCCGAGUGCUUCAGGCGACCACGCGAUUCUCACACUCUCACUGGUUCCUGGGCGGGCAGUCGGUCCGAGACAAAGACAGGAAGUUCUGCAGAGAGAAGAGCGUAUACGGCUUCCGGAUCAAGGAGAAAGCGGUGACGUACUGGCGUGAGGGGAUCCACCUGCUACACAGGAUGGGCACCAUCAUGAUCGAGUCUGUUAAGUGUCGGGUGGCACACAGCACAGAGCUAGGGAAGGGCAUUCUCAUUUCUGUCCACUCCACCAACAAGAACUUUUCCGUUAUGGGGAUCAUUGUCGACGAGCUAGAUGACAUACUGCACGACUAUUUUCAAGGUUUUCAAGACUUCAUCAUGGAAAUGCCGGCCAUCUACGCAGUGUGCCCAGACUGCUUUGACCACAUCAAGGAUGAUGCUGAUGCGGUGGUAGCUGUUGACCACUUCCACGUGUGGAAGUGUGCAGCCGCCGUCUUCUCCAAAUCGGACAUCGUCUGUCCACGAUCUCACAACGUCCAGCUGUCACGCCUUGUCCCGGAGAUGCUCUUCGGGGAACUCCCGAAAAAGUUUAUCCUUGACCCGACAAAGCUGGAGUUUGAGGAGCAGCUGGGAGCGGGGGCGGGAGGCUUGGUCUACCGGGGGAGGUACGACGGGAACGUGGUGGCCUUGAAGGUGUUCCACAUGGCCCGUGACAUGCUGCCCCUGCUGGUCAGUACAGACAGCGGGUCUGGGACGUGGUCGUCCACUCAGGUGACUGAUGACUUGGUGUAUGACAACUGUGAGUUCCAUGGACAAAUGCCCAACAAUCCGUUCCAUUCGAAAGAUGCAGUGGAAACAAAAGAGCGCAAGGCGUACCGAGCGUUCACGGAAUUCCGCCGUGAGAUCAGCGUGAUGAGCAAGUUGCGACACCCGUGCAUCAUCAGCUUCCUGGGGAUCUCGAUCGUCAACAAUCUGGUGCUCACCAUGGAGAUGGCCAUGCAGGGCAGUCUCCGGGCGGUGCUCAACAAGAUGGCGGAGAAUCAGGACUUCAACAAGUACCGCGACCGAGAGAAAGUCUUUAGGCCCGUUUUGGGCAAGGAAAUCACCUAUAAGAUUAUCUACCAGAUUGCCAAAGGGUUACAGUACCUGCAUGACCACAGCGUGAUUUACCGCGACCUCAAGUCGGACAACAUCCUGGUGUGUUCGCUGGACGUAGGCGACGUCGUCAAUGCCAAACUAACGGACUACGGAAUAUCGAAGUUCUCGACCACGCAGGGCCUCGUUGGCUUCAAGGGAACCAUGGGAUACAUGGCUCCAGAGAUCAUGUGCAACUACACAUACAACGAAAAGGUUGACAUAUUUUCUUUCUCCAUGGUGAUGAGUGAAAUCAUCACCGGCCAUCUGCCGUAUGAAAAGUGUACGAACCUUGGUCAGCUGCAUCAGGCAAUCAUAAAGGAGAGGCAACGUCCAUCAGUCCAGGAUUACAACAUCGUGUCUCACUUCCCGUACUUGGAGCACCUGAUGUCGAGAUGCUGGAGCCACGAAGCCAGCUCACGGCCGUCUGCCGAAACAAUCGCCAAUUGUAUGCAUGAGGUCUCCUUUCUGUGUCAGCAUGAAGUCAUUCGACCAGCUAACAACCAGAAACACUUUGGAGAGAUCACCUGCAUGGCAUCAGCAUCAGAGAGUUCGUCAACAAAAAAGAAUUUCCUCUGGUUUUGGGAGAACAACCGUGAGAAAGCUCAACGCAUGUAUUCCAUAUUUGACCUGGAGACGUCGCGUUUCCACGUGUUCCAGAACCUGUGUCAGGGAAGUGAGGUGACAUGCAUGGCGAAGGUUGGCCGCGAUAUGUGGAUAGGAACUAUGUCUUCCGAGGUUGAGAUACUCUCCUGCCAGAACACUGGCGUUCCCAGGUGCAUGGAGCGCUUACAACAAGAGUCUUCUCCUAUAGCAAUACUGCAUGUGGAAAAGGUUGGCCACACACAUCAAGAUGACCAAAAUCUGGGACACGUUUUUCUUGGACUGAAUAAUGGAUUGGUCGUGAUAUAUGAACACAUUCCGGAAUCGUUUGGCAAAACCACAGAUGUGUGGAAGCAGGUCCAGACAUCGAUUCUCGGCAUGGGCAAACCCGUGAGAUCAAUGACAUUCAUCGACACCCGGGACGAAAUUUGGGCGGUGUGUGGUCAGCAGAUCUUCAUCUUCUGUACUGUCGCUUUAACAAUGAAGAUGAAGCUGGACGUAUUCUCCAACAGCAACAUCGAGAAACAAGUGGGCAGAAACAGAAUCAUCAAGGAUAUAGUCGCUGCAGGAACCACCGUGUGGUGUUCGUUCAAAAACUCGUCCAAGAUACUUGAGUUUGAUGCUGAACUGGCUGAGGUGACUUACAUACUGCAUGUGAAGGGUGAUGGUGUUUAUUGUAAAUAUCUAGGAGACUGGAGGGAUGAGAAGGGCCAGGAGGUUGAAGAGGAGGAGGAUGAGGAUGAAGAGAGUGAGGAGGAAGAGAGUUCUGAGGAGGAUGAGGACCCUGAAGGACUCAAUCAGACUUGGCCAAUGAUAAGGCACAGCAGUAGAAAAGACUCACAAGCUUCCACCAGGAACCACAGAGCCAAGUUAGACUCCAACCUGUAUUUGUUACCUGCAGCACCAGCAGCAGCAGCAGCUACACAAAACAUUCCAGAAUAUCUUGAUGUUUUAUCGCCAGAAGAUGGAGUCAAAUCCUAGAAUAGCAUCAAAAGGAGAUGAGGUGAAAGACUGUCCAGAAAGCAUUGAUGAUAACCUGUAUGAGCCAGUGAUUGUUGGGGCACAGUUGAAGAGAGAUGAACAACUAAAUAGAAAGACACAGUUUAAGAGAAAAUUAAAUAC